GUUCCAGGUGAAAAAGAACAAAAAAAGAGUUGCAAGAAACGACGUCGGUUUUUCCUGGGAGAACAGUUUAAGGAAAAGAAUUUAAGCUGAAGCGUUACCGUUUCAUCCUAGGUUAAGCCAUGCUUCCCUUUCUUCCCCCUCCGCUGGUCUUCUUCUCUCCUACUUCAAGCGAUGGCCAUGGCAUUGAAGCGGCAAAGUGUUGUAAUGGCCGUUUAUUCUUCAGCUUCAACCCUUUUAGGGUUUCAUUCUCAGCGAAGCCAAACUGAAAUGGGUAUGAUUUGCUGUCUUCAUGCUUCCACUAUGAGUCGUAGUCGUAGUGGUAGGCAAAAGUACCAAAAGGGAUGUUCUUUUACAAACAUUGAAGAUGCCUUGUUUUCUUUCAACCACAUGAUUCAUAAGCAUCCCCUGCCUUGUAUUGUUGAAUUUGAUAAGUUAUUGUCAGCUCUUGUUAGAAUCAAACAUUAUGGGACUGUGCUUUCUUUGUCCAAACGAAUUGAAUUGCUGCGGAUUGAACGUGAUGUCUUUCAUUUUAACAUUUUGAUCAAUUGCUUCUCUCGCUUGCAACGUGUCGAUUUUGCCUUCUCUGUCUUGGGAAAAAUCAUUAAGCUUGGUUUUGAACCUGAUGCUGUGACUUUUUCUAGUUUAAUUAAUGGGCUUUGUUUUGAGGAUAAAUUUGCUCGUGCUAUGGAAUUCUUUGAUGAGAUUGUGGCGAGCGGAUAUCAACCCAAUCUACAUACUUAUAAUACGAUUAUAAAAGGUUUUUGCAAGAUUGGGAAAACCACCGUCGCUGUUGGAUUGCUCAAGAAAAUGGACAAGGUGGGUGGCCGACCGGAUAUUGUAAUCUACAAUACAAUUAUUGAUGGCCUUUGCAAGGAUAGACUAGUCAAUGAAGCUUUAGAUAUCUUCUCUGAGAUAAAGGGUAAAGGCGUUCGGCCUGAUGUAUUCACUUAUAGUAUCUUAAUGCAUGGUCUAUGCAAUUCAGACCAGAAGGAAGAGGCUUCAGCAUUGUUCAAUGAAAUGAUGAGUCUGAACAUCAUGCCAGAUGUAGUUACCUUCAAUAUUUUGGUUGAUAAACUUUGUAAAGAAGGCAUGCUUUCAGAGGCUCAAGGAAUAAUCAAAAUAAUGAUUGAAAAGGGUGUGGAGCCUAAUUAUGCGACUUAUAAUUCAUUGAUGAACGGCUAUUGUUUGCAAAACAAAGUUUUUGAAGCUAGAAUGGUAUUCGAUGCAAUGAUAACCAAGGGCUGCAUGCCUAAUGUUGUUAGUUACAACAUCUUAAUCAAUGGAUAUUGUAAGGCCCAGAGGAUAGAUGAGGCAAGAGAACUUUUCGAUGAAAUGAGUUUUCGAGGCUUAAUUCCUAACACUUUUAAUUACAACACUCUUAUUAGUGGCUUGUGCCAAGCAGGGAGACAUUGUGAAGCAAAAGAGCUUUUCAAGGAUAUGCAAGCCCAGGGCUGCUCCCCAGAUUUAGUAACUUGCACAAUUUUGCUCGACAGCUUAUGCAAACUAGGGUAUCUUGAUAAUGCAUUGAGAUUGUUUAGAGCAAUGCAAGAUAGUUGCUUGAAACCUAAUUUGGUAACCUAUGAUAUCCUGAUUCGUGCCUUGUACAAAUCCGGGAAUCUUAAAACUGCAAGGGAACUGUUUAUGGAAUGCACAUUCAAUGGAUUGCAACCUGAUGCUAGGGUAUCUACUGUAAUAAUAAAUGGACUUUGCAGAGAAGAUUUGAUAGAUGAAGCAUACAAAGCUUUCAGAAAAAUGGAAGAGGAUGGCUGUCCACCAGACGUUUGCUCAUACAAUGUUAUUGUCUGAGGAUUUCUCCAGAACAACGAGAAGAUUUGAUAGAUGAAGCAUGCGAAGCUUUCAGAAAAAUGGAAGAGGAUGGCUGUCCACCAGAUGUUUGCCCGUACAAUGUUAUUGUCUGAGGAUUUCUCCAGAACAACAAGAAGAUUUGAUAGAUGAAGCAUGCGAAGCUUUCAGAAAAAUGGAAGAGGAUGGCUGUCCACCAGAUGUUUGCCCGUACAAUGUUAUUGUCUGAGGAUUUCUCCAGAACAACAAGAAGAUUUGAUAGAUGAAGCAUGCGAAGCUUUUAGAAAAAUGGAAGAGGAUGGCUGUCCACCAGACGUUUGCCCAUACAAUGUUAUAAUCUGAGGAUUUCUCCAGAACAACGAGAAGAUUUGAUAGAUGAAGCAUGCAAAGCUUUCAGAAAAAUGGAAGAGGAUGGCUGUCCUCCAGAUGUUUGCUCAUACAAUGUUAUUGUGAGGAUUUCUUCAGAACAAUGAGAAGAUUUGAUGGAUGAAGCAGACAAAGCUUUCAGAAAAAUGGAAGAGGAUGGCUGUCCACCAGGUGUUUGCCCAUACAAUGUUAUUGUCUGAGGAUUUCUCCAGAGCAACGAUGCAUCAAGGGCAGAACAACUUAUUUUGUUUAUGCUCAUUUCUGAGUUGAGCAAUGAAAGCUGUUUAAUUCUUCUCUAGAUGAUUAGACGUAUUUGGAUUUUCAUAAUAAGUAACUUUGAAGAUGCUCUUGGCUGCAAUUUGCGUGGAUGCUACCUUUCUUUUGCAAAUGAAAACAAAUAAAUAUGCAAAGCACUUCCACUGAGUUUUAUUUUAUUUAUACAUUUAUUUAUUGUUUUCAAAUAGCUUUUUCUGUUUGCGGAAUACGAUUAUAUGUCAUUUUGUUUGUUGAAUACAUGUACGGUAUGUUCUCAAGAAAAAAA